GUACGCUUUGGUAAUAACCUUGAGCCGAGACACAACUGAACCGAAUCGCUCGUAACCCUUCGGUCAUUGGCUUCCGCCUACGACCCCUCGAUCCGGUGCCUCCUCAGGCGGCUUGCUUCUCGGACGGUCAUUCCACGCCGAUUCUGCCACCGCCGAACACUGCUGCUUUCUCCUCAAUUGCCCUUCCAAACCCGAAAUCGAGAUCGAAGUAGGGUUUGGACGGGCAUGGCGACUCGAGAUCCGGUGAUGACGCACUGGUUGCGCAUGUUCUUGCUUUUCUUGGUUUUAGUCCCUCUAACUUCGUCUUCGCCUUCGUCGUGGGCGACGAUGCACAACAACAAUUGGGCCGUCUUGGUCUGCACCUCCCGCUUCUGGUUCAACUAUCGACAUAUGGCCAACACUUUAUCUUUAUAUAGGACAGUGAAGCGUCUGGGAAUACCAGAUGAAAGAAUAAUACUGAUGCUGGCUGAUGACAUGGCUUGCAACGCUAGAAACAACUACCCUGCUCAAGUUUUUAAUAAUGAGAAUCACCAGCUUAAUUUGUAUGGGGAUAAUGUUGAAGUUGACUAUCGAGGUUAUGAAGUGACUGUUGAAAAUUUCUUGAGAGUGCUGACCGGGAGGCACGAUCCUGCUGUGCCAAGAUCAAAGCGUCUUUUAAGCGAUGAAGGAAGCCACAUUCUCUUGUAUAUGACUGGGCAUGGAGGAGAUGAAUUUCUAAAGUUUCAAGACUCCGAAGAACUUCAGAGCCAUGAUUUAGCUGAUGCAGUGAGGCAAAUGAAAGAGAAGAGUAGAUUCAAGGAGCUGCUUAUAAUGGUUGACACCUGUCAAGCUGCAACUCUUUUUUCUCAGCUUCAGUCACCUGGUGUUUUGGCUAUCGGGAGUAGUAUGAAAGGUGAAAAUUCGUACUCUCAUCAUCUUGACUCUAAUAUUGGUGUGUCAGUUGUGGAUAGAUUCACUUUUUACACCCUUGCAUUUUUUGAGAAGCUGAAUAUGUACAGUAAUGCAUCAUUGAGAAGCCUUUUCAAUUCAUAUAACCCUAGUCUGUUGAUGUCUACGGCAUACUACAGAAUGGAUCUAUAUCAGCGACCAUCGAGUGAGGUACCUGUGACAAGCUUUUUUGGGUCGGUCAUGAAAACAGUUCACACCGAUGCAGCAUAUACAGGCGUGUCCAUGCCAUCUGAAAUGGAAGGAUCACUGUUUAUCGAAGAUGGUGAGCAUCACAGAAUAAUGCUUGAAAAGGAACCUAACCAGGAGAACCUUGGCAAUGAGGAAGCAAAGGAGGUGCAUUGUCCUUACCAUGCAUGGUUGAAGACUUUACAAGGGAGGUUGGAUGAUACCGUUGCUGAUAUACUCUUGCGAUAUGGUUUCGGGACGAUGAUUCUUUUGCUGGCAAUAUCAUCUUGGUUGUCAUCGUAAGCAGCAUGUAUGCAGCUUAUCAGCUCUUAUGCCAUAAAGGCACCACCACUAAAAAUGCUCAAGGACAGACAAAAAGGAAGGUUUCUAUCUGAGACAACUUUGCAUGGGUUGAUCGAGCUGGGUAUGUAUACUCUUCGAAGCCUCCAGAUACUUACAUAGCUACGUCUCUGCCGGGGCUUUUCUUGCUGGGUUGUGGUAGAACGAGUCGUUUGGAUUGUUGUUAGUUCAUUGUUGAGAGGGUUUUAUGACUU